CGUUCCAACUGUCCAACCUAGCCCCUGUCGAACCAACGUACGGUUGUCUUUUCAUUCUGUAAUGGCGUCAUGACGCUUGCGAAGUGAGUGCGAGCUUCAAAAAAGUGGUAUUUUUAGGUGUUCCAACGCGGCAAACGAGGGCCAACGGAGUGCGAACGACUUCCCGUCACGCGGUACCAGCCAAAACAAACGAUUUAAAAGCAGUGCGAGCUAACAACCUUCAACAUGGAUAGUCGUAGCCGUGGUAAAAGGAUGUCGACUGUGGUGACGGCUGCAGCGAGCAGUAGCACCACUAGCACGACCACUGCUAAAGAAGCACCAGUUGCAGCUAACAAUGUGGAGAAGAAGAAACCGGGACGUAAAUCGAUGGCUGUUACAGCACCCGCUGCUGCCCGUAAACGGUCCGCAUCGCCACCGAAACGUAAACCAUCACCCGCACGGAAAGCAUCCCCUGCGCGCCGUGCUUCACCUGCCCGCAAGGCAUCGCCAGCCCGCAAAGCUUCCCCAGGGAGAAAACCGAAAGCAGCCACUACCGUCACGAAAGCACCGGAACCGGUUAAAAUAUCACCCGAGGAACCGAGACGUUCGCAGCGGAUCCGUGCGUCGGAGGAAAAGGUCGACUCGGUACUGCAAACGCUGAAAAAGUCUCCGAUCGACAAGCGCCUGUCCACCAUUUUGGACGAUGCGGAAGUGUCCGGCAUUAUGGCCGGUCGUUCGUCCUCCCUCAGCAAAAGCAUGACACCGAACGUGAGCCGCCGCUCGAAUGCCAUCACACCAACGACGGCGACCGACCGUAGCCGCGUAACGGUAUCCCGUUCGAUGAGCGUCCUGCAGGACUACUCGGACAACGAAGAGGAAGGAGGCGGGGACCACUUUCAAAGCUUUCGUCGCACGAACGAUAACGGCAUCGGGGACAAGUCGCACGGCCAGCGGGCACUGUCGCGACCGCCACUGCACGAGCAACAGGUUGAAUUCGGUGGUGCGCUAGGAGCCGCCGCACUGUUGCUCGCCCUGCCACUGUUCACGUUCGCUACGAAUCACUUCUGUUCCGGUGCGCACCGUGACUGCCGGUUUGUGGUGCCGAAAAGUUGGACCGAGUUUGGUACGCUGUCCACGUACGUGAACCGGGAGAUUGGUGCGCUGUAUGCGCUGCUUGUGUUCGGUGUAGCGCUACUGACGGGCUUGCCGAUCGGUAAGCAGGUGAUGCUAGCGAACGAUUCGUACCAAAAGACCACGCUCCUGUUCAACGGACUGCUGGUGGCGUUCGGAGCCGGACUGAGCGCGUUCGUCGCGGAAUACUGCUACAAAUAUCCGCUGUUGUCCGUUGUCAGCCGUGGAUACAACCAGCUGCUGGUGCUAAGCUUACUCACCGCGCUCGCCGUCGCACUGGUCGCGUUCGUGAAGGCACGGAACGUCACCGGAAUGGGAAUGGCAAACCCGUACGCCAAAUCGGGCAACUUUUUGGUCGAUUUCUUCGCCGGCCGCGAAAUCAAUCCGACCGUACUGCACGUGUUCAAUCUGAAGCUCAUCACCUACCACGUAUCGAUGGUACUGGCGCUGCUCUUCAACGGCAUCAUCCUGUACCGCAAUCUGCACUUUGCCGCGCUACCGGACCAGCUGGUCGGUGCACCGUUGCAGGAGCGGUUGCUGUACGCACUGCAGCAUCUUACCUGCGAACCGGUACCGGUUGCUGCCGCCGGCCUCACUCUCCUGUACUUGCUGGAUCUGCUCGUGUUCGAACAUCAUAUGGCCGCAUCGUUCGAGCUGCAGCAGGAAGGAUUCGGCGCCCAGAUGCUGCUGCGUUACGCCAUCCUCCCGUUCGCGUUGACCCUGCUGCCGAAGUACGUCGCGGCGCACAAGCUGACCGAUGUUCCGUUGUGGGCUGUGGGCGGGUGUGUUGCCGUGGCACUGGUUGGACUGUUUGUGAAGCGAGCGGCGAUGCAGCUAAAGUAUCUGUACCGAUUGAAUCCUUUGGGCGAGAAGGUUGCAUGUUUGGAAACGUAUCCCACCUUCCAGGGACGAAGAUUGCUGGUGGCUAAAUGGUGGCGCUUGGUGCGCCAACCGAACUACGUCGGCGAUGUGUUGCAGAAUGUCGCUCUCCUGCCGUUGCUGUAUUGGCGCUUUGCCUGGCCCCCGUUGCUGGCGGUCCUGUUUACCGUGCUCGUGCUGGUGCACCGUGCGAAGCGGUUGAAUCUUCGCAACGCUCAAAAGUACGAAUCUUCGUGGGUCCGGUACUGUAACGCUGUCCCGCAUUUGCUCGUUCCCCGUGUUUACUAAGACAUGCUGGUAGGAGUGGUUUUUUUUUUGUUGUGCAAAAUCUGUCCCACCUCAAAACCCUGCUCUCUGUCCUCACUCUCAACCCCAUUACACUUUUCGAGGAUUUUUUUUUUCUUUGUUUGGCAUAUGGCGUUGCGCUUCAACGUUCGACAGAACAAUCGGUUUUACGUUUAGAGAUAGUAGCUUAUUUUUUAAAACCGUCUUUAUGUGGGGUCCAAACUUGUGUCCGAUUUUAAUAACUCACGUCAAGAUUUAUUUGCAAUAAUAAUAAAAAGAAAAGGAAUCGAAAACGAAGCACAGUUUCAGACAUCGUUAGACAAAUCGCGCACGGGGGCGCACGAUAGAUAAGUUCAAUCAGCAGCACUACGGUAAAUUAAUGAGCGAAAAAUACAGUAGCUAUAAGUGCGUGGAAAGAGGCCAAGCUGAAAUGGAUAGUUUUGUAAGCCAUUUAUUACAAAAAAGUGUAGCAAAAACUGCUAUACCAUUAAGGGAGAAACAAAUAUUUCAAUCUAUGAUUUUGUAAGAAGAGAAGAGGGAAAGAUAGCGGUGGUUAAGCUUGUAAAAAAAAGUGUACAAGGCUGCAGAAGACAUCCAACUAAUACAAUCAAGAUAGAUCAAUUUAUGUAUUUUGGCACACUACACGACCCCCCAGCCCUCCCAUUCCGCUGUUUUUUAGGUAAACAGUUUUGGUAACAAUCACACGGUCAGCUUAAUUAUUUGAUUCUCGGGCGGGCGUCAACCAUUCUGCCAUCUGACACACAACACAACCAGGAAGUACAACGCGAAAGAUUUUCGAAACAAAUUUGUGUCCAUGCGUGUGUUUCCUUCGUGGAAAAGCACAUUAAAACAAAAUGCUGCGAAAAUGCGUUCGUUAGUAUGUAUUGUACAUUUUCCGACACAGGUCCGUAGUGCAGCAAUGAAGAUCGCGUGUUGAUUUUGCCAAUAGCAUAUUAGCUUAUGAAGUGAUAGAGAUUAAUUAGGUCGAUUGAGCUAAGGUAUUAGAUUUUAAUACAAAAAAAGGUAUAAAAAUAUGUCGUCUUA